CCGCUCGCCAAUUAUAUAUGGUAGAAUAGUGAGAGGAGCCUGGUUUCAAGGCGAGCAUGUACUGCAUAACGAUAUCAGUGGCAGUGAUCAUACUGCUGUUAGUACUGCUAGUGGCUUACCUCGCUCGUCCUGCACCUCGCCACGGCGUCGUUCAACACUACCACGAGCUCCACCCACACAUCGCUCAGCCGAGAGCGGAAGAAUCGACUGCAAACACUUCAGAGCUGGUGACUGGAAUUGUGAACGGACCUCUGUGUGGAGCUGCA